UUAGCAGUAACAAAGGCCAUGUUUGCUACUCUUGUAGAUUUAACGUAAAAAGUGAGUUAUUUCGUCUAUCAGGUGUGGGUAUCAUCAGCUGGUAAUAUUUACGCUACAGCAGAAGCUCCGACAGUCGUAAUAGCUGUUGUUGUUGUUGUUGUUUCUGAAAACGUUGUGGCGUGUAGAAGUGGCCCAGAGUGGCAAUGGCGUAAAAUUGCUGAUAGCCAUACUUCUGUUGCGAUGGCAUUGGGAUCGUGGAUGGUCGUCUCCGACGAGCUGUUGUUUCCUCCCAACGCGGCUUGAGGAUACUAGAAUGAAUCAACCUGUCGAAAGCUAUGUCCAACUGGCCGAAACGAUGCGGUUAAUCGAAUGUGGCGGCGAUCCAGACCGGAGGCUGGCCGAACGCCUUCAGUACGAGGAGGACAGGUAUUUAGCGGAGUUGAUAGCCUUAGAAAACCACCCACGACCCGGUCGCGAACCCGAGCAUGUGAUAAAAUUUCGAGCACUCCUCGCACUCCAUAGGGGGCUCUCGCUCGUAGACCCUCGGUGGGAGACCAUCGAUCCUACGCCAGAUAUUCAUGCAAUGUUCCAAGUGUUUGAUGACAUGUUCUUCGAGAGCAGACUGCGAUUUUGUACGAUCGGCUGGAGCAAAGCUGACGAGAUGAAAUCCUGUGCUGGACAGUUCGGUCUCCAGGACGGCUUUCCUAGGAUCUGGCUAUCGCAUCCACUGCUUUUGCUGCGGCCGCGUUCCGAUCUAGUACAAACCCUACUGCAUGAGAUGAUUCACGCCUAUCUUUUUGUUACUGGUAUGGCAAGAUAUGAGGGACGAGGUGGACACGGGCCAGAAUUCCAUAGACAUAUGAACCGAAUUAACGCACUGGCUAGAUGUAACAUAAGGGUUGCUCAUUCGUUUCACGACGAGGUUAGAUACUACAGGGGUCGCUAUUGCGGUUGUAACCAGCCCUGUACACACCCAAAUGCAAUUUAUAUCGGCAUGCCUGCGGUGCUACCCGCUUGCCAAUGGUGGGACUUUUAUGACCAUUACUACGGGUUAAUUACCGAAGGGUCGCAGUACCGAAGAUACUAAUCAGCUAGAAACGAACUCGCAGGAAUUCUUGGCCGUGCCUUGACAUGACACGAGUCAGCGUUGCUGAUCAGUGUUGAAUUUUACAGAGGAUGGAGGUGAUAGAAAGAAAAGGUCGCAGCACUUCGUAGCCUUUGUGUUUACGAUUCGAGCUGUCUCACGUGGUAACAUACAGCCGAACAGCUGUUAUUGUUAUUUGUCUAAUGAUAACGAUGGUGAAGCUAUUGGCGCAUUGUUUCCUAUUGUGAUCUUUGCAACCUAAACACAUUAAUCAAUGCUUAUUAUAGGUAACUGUCACCAAUGUAUACUAGUCGCCACUUUAUUGUAUCAUUGUUUAUUUAAUUCGAAAACGCAUCAUUAUAGGCUAUAAGUAAAUCUGACCUCUUAUGCCUUCCAGCGUCCUAACAGGCAGUGAACUGAGGCUGAAAUGAUGUUGAGAGAAUUGAAGUUUUUUAAAACUCCAAGAGAUCAUUCUAAAAAUACGCGUUAAGCACGAGGCUGUUUUUUAAUAUGUGGCCUAUUCGAACAAGUCGUUAACGAGACCUUCUGCAUACGAAACCUACAUGUUACUUUGUAUCUUACAUGAGAUAUUUACGACGCAAUAUUCUUCGUGGAAUCGGCAGCCCCACGCAACGCUGUCAGCCGUUAAUAAAGCUACAAAUAAAUAUAAUUUUAUUUAAUAAAAAUAAGGAUUUAAUAAAAAAAAAACUAUAGCUCACAUUU